AUGGGUCCUCCUGGAGCAGGGAAAAGCUGUGUAGGACAGAUUGUGGGACAGAGACUAAGGAUGCCUGUUAUUGAUAUAGAUGACGAUGUUCUCGAAAAGACAUGGGGAAUGAGUGUGGCAGACAAGCUAUCUGAGAUUGGUGGAGAUGGUUUCAUUGAAGAAGAAGGUAAAGCGGUGUGUAACUUCACUGCUACAGGGAGUGUUAUCUCAAUGACUGGCUCCAAUCCACUGCAUCCAGAUGCCAUGCAGCAUUUGAAGCGAUCUGGACUGGUCUUAUAUCUGGAUGUGGACACAGAAGAUAUCAUGCAGAGACUCUCUCGAAUGAAGGUGAAUAGGAUUGUGGGUCAGGAUGCUGGUGUUUCUAUGAGAGAGAUAUUACAGUACAGGAAACAGUUUUAUGAGAAAUGGCUGGAUGCGCGAGUCCUUUGUGGGACAGGAGACUCCUUGGAGGAUGUGGCAGAUAAAGUCCUGAGGACUCUGGGUAGAUAUGAGGAUUUAGAAUCAGAUAUGUUCAUUUCAACAAGGAGCCAAAUGUCAAGUGACCCCAAGUUCUUCAGUGAUGUUGUCAUAGAGGGUCUUGCACCAGAUGGAGGGCUUUACAUACCAAAGAAAGGAUUUUCCAAACUGGAACCUACUGAAUGGUUGAGAAUAUCCAGCAUGCCAUAUGCCAUGAGAGCAGUGGCCAUACUGGAAAACUGUAUCCAUCCUAUGGAUGUGUCUCCUGUAGAAUUGAGCACGAUGGUGCAUCGCGCCUAUGGCCAGAAUUUCGCCAAUCAAUCAGUUGUACCUUUAAAGCACCUCACUGAUCAUCAGUACAUUCUAGAACUCUUUCACGGCCCCACUGCUUCUUUUAAAGACCUGGCACUGCAGUUAAUGCCUCAGCUGUUCGCCCACUGCCUUCCACAGAUGUGCAACUACCUUAUUCUAGUGGCCACAUCUGGAGAUACAGGAAGCGCGGUGCUGAAUGGCUUCCAGAAACUUAAAGAGAGUGACCAUGAGAGGACUGGUGUGCUUGUGUUCUUUCCUGAGAAAGGAGUGAGUGAGAUUCAGAAGCUACAGAUGACAGGAUUUCAAGAGGGCAAUGCCAAGUCCAUCAGCGUCCUGUCCGACUUUGACUUCUGCCAGAGGAGCAAUAAAUGAAUGUUCGGGGACUCAAGCUUGAUGGGACAUCUAGCUGUGGAAUAUGCCACGGUUCUAAGCACAGCAAACUCGAUAAACUGGGCUCGACUGCUUCCUCGGGUGGUCUAUCACUGCUCGGUGUAUAUAGACCUGCUUAGAAAUUGCACAUUGACGUUUGGAGACCCCAUUGACGUGUGCAUCCCUACUGGAAACUUUGGCAACACCAUGUCAGCCCUGUAUGCCAAACAAAUGGGAAUCCCCAUACGGAAGGUGAUCUGUGCAUCCAAUCAUAACUGCAUCAUAUCCGACUUCAUUGCUAGUGGAGAGUAUGAUCUCCACAACAGGAAGCUGCUGGUUUCAAACUCUCCUGCCAUUGAUAUCCUGAAUUCCUCCAACCUUGAGAGGUUCAUCCAUCAUGUAUCCGGUGGGGAUGGGAGUCUGGUCAGAGAUCUGUUUUUGAAUCUAGAAAGAGAUCAUUUUUUUAAAGUAUCAGAGACUUUACGGCAGAAGAUAAAUCUCGAAGUUCAAGCUGGUUGGUGCUCAGAAGAUGACUGUAUGAGGGCCAUAAGGGAGGUGCAUGCAACAACAGGCUACAUAAUGGACACUCACACAGCGGUUGGUAAAGUAGGUGGCGAUCGUAUACAUGACAAAACCUGCCCGCUUGUGAUAUGCUCCACUGCACACCACGGGAAGUUUGCUCCGGCUGUCUUAAAAGCCCUUCAGUGUCAAAAUAUUCCAGGCUGA